AGAUUUAUAGAAAUAAUAAACAAUAACCAUGGUCCGCAACAAGGCUGGUUCAUCCACAAGUGGGAGCCCAAGUUCAUCUUCAAUAAAAGAUUAUUUUAAACCUUCACCAACGAGAAGAAUUUUCUCGCCUAAGUCUCCAACCCCACCCAGCCCUACCAAUAAUAAAACUAAAACCUCACCCCUAAAAACUGAAUCAAAGCCACCAAAAAGUUUAUUCACAAGCCAAGCUGUAUCUAACCAUAUUAAAGCAGAAGAUAGCACCCAUAAUGGAGAAGUUGUUGCCCAAACCAACGGUAUUGCUUCUUUAUUCGAAAAACGAAAACUCGACUACCGUUCUGACCAAAAGGGUCAAUCUAACGGAAUAAUUCGGAGCUCAAAGUUUGUCAUUUCACCUAAAAAAGAGCCAGAGAUGAAUGGCUUAAGUCCGCAUAAGAAGGAAACCCCCCAAACAUUCCGUAUGCAGGCACAACAACUUUCGUCGUACAGGAAAAUGUUUGGGGUUUUUAAAGAAGGACAUGAUGUGUUGGCAAGAUGGUCAGAUGGACUGUAUUAUCUGGGUUCUGUAUGUAAGGUUGAUGAUUUCCAGCACAAAUGUUACGUCCAGUUUGAAGACAAGUCAGUCUUCUGGGCCCAGUUUAAAGACCUCCAGAUGAUCAACAAUAAAGAUGAUUCUGACAAUGACAGCGGGUCAGAUGUGACAUGUACAAUGUGCAGAGAUGGAAACUCAGAUCCACCCAAUGAGAUUGUGUUGUGUGAUAAGUGUGGGCAAGGCUACCACCAGUUAUGCCACGUGCCCCCUAUAGACACAAGUGUUUUAAAUGAAGAGGAUGCACCAUGGCAAUGCAGAACCUGUGUAUUUGCUGCUGUUGCUAAACGGGGAGGGGCUGAAGCAGAAGGAACAGCAGCUGUAAAACUUUGUAUGUUGAAACAAAUUUUACCUUAUGAUGCGAAGUCACUAACAUGGGAUAGAGGUCAUAAGGUCAACAGUGAAGAGACUUACUGUUACUGUGGAGGACCAGGGGAUUGGUAUUUAAAGAUGCUACAAUGCUGUAGAUGCCAACAAUGGUUUCAUGAAGCGUGCAUACAGUGCCUACAAACACCAGUGUUGUACGGCGACAGAUUCUUCCUAUUUGUUUGUUCGAUAUGUAACCAUGGAAACGAAUAUGUUAAACGUCUUCCAAUGAGAUGGGUUGACGUUGUUCACUUGGUAUUAUACAACAUCACCAUAGCAAAGUUGGUGAAAUAUUACGACUUCCAUUCAAUACUCAUGCCUUUCUUUGCACAGAACUGGGAGUCUUUACAACUGGGAGAUCUUGUGCAUGAGGCCUCUACUAGAAGCCAACUAAAGGAAAGAGUUUUGGAAACUUUGCAAAAUAAUAAAUCCAGGUUUCAGUGCGGCAGCGAGAGCAAGAAAGCGAAGAUGAGUUGGGGGUUGCGUACGAGGUCACCCCCGGUACCCCCUACCCUCACUGUUCCAUUAAACGGGGAAAUAAACAAUGAUUUGCUUUCCACGUUGGACCUCAGACAUGGAUCUACUUUGUUGAAUGACUCACCAACUCCUAUGAAGAGGUAUGGACCUGGUGAUACAGAUGGGGAUUCCCCUUCAGUGAAAAGAAGAUUCAGCUCCGCAGAUAUGGAUUGGAGUCCCACUAAAACCAAUGACAAAACAUUCGUCGAACCAAAUCAUUUUAUCCGAGAUAAUUUGUUUGACAGAUUAACUUACAAUACUAGAACAGGAAACAUAAAGGAAAAUGCCCCAUCUGCGAGUGACGACCAACCAAAGCGUCGACGAGGCCGCCCUCGUAAAAACCUCAGCAGACCAUCUACUAGAGGCAGAGGAAGACCAAAUUCGUUAAGAACUCGCGAAAAUAAUUUCCAGAAACCUUCGUUUUCAAACGAUGCUUCGACCGUUAUCCCUAUGCACGAGAUGUUUAAACAGAAUCCACAUAAUAAUUUACCUGGCCACACGGCCCAUGAAGACUUGCGCAAGAACAUCGCACGAUACUUUGGUCCAGAAGGACGUAUAGCAUGCGGGGAGAGAUACCGCGUUCUCGCUAAACGACAAGUAUCGAUGAAGGGAAACCCCCCACACACAGAAUACCUAAUUGAAUGGGAAGGUUACACUGCAAAACAACUACAUGAAAAGAGCUAUAGUAGAUAAAAUAAACCUUUUUUGUGGGAAUAUGUUAUAAAAUAAUAAAACUUGCAGUUUCUGUUGAUGAAAAAGCCAUUUGUCUAUUGAUGGUGAUGUCAUUAUUUCAGUGAUGUCAUAUUGGUGUCAUUGUUUCAGUGAUGUCAUAUUGAUGUUAUUUUAUUAACUUGUGAUGUCAUAAAAGCAAGUUCAUUUUUUCUUACAUCACAAGUAACUUCACUAAUGUUUCUCUUGUUAAUUUUUUAAAUUUUUUUGCAGUUUAAUCAUAUGUCUGUUUGUGGAUAGAACCCGUUUGCAAAUCAUGGUUUAUUGUGUUGAGUGUCGUUGUCACUUUUUAUUCAUCCAUCUAGUUACCAACCAUGUUUCAAAGGCUGGAUUUUUGAUAUUACUUUGUUUCAAUUGUCCACUUCUCAGAAUAAAAGUUGACUCAGAAAAAUACAAGAAAAUUGAAAAUG